UAUAGCGUGUACUGUGUUUUGUGUAUAAAUCGUACUUGCUUAAAUAUGUUGUUUACACCGAUUUACAUUGCAAUGACUUUUAUAAAAACUUGGCGAAUUCGCUCUUUCCGGGCUCGUCUUCUUGAGUUCCUCAGCGGAAAUACAAGUGUGGCUUUCUGUAAAGUACCUGAAAAUGCUGCUGAAACACCAACAUUAAGCUCUAAAUUAUGUACAAAUCCAAAAAAUGCAUAUCUUUGUGAUUUAUUGGAUUAUACAAAUGCAUCAAGGAUAUGUAGUAUGAAACCAACACAGUGUAUAGAUAUUGGUGACUGGGUUACAUGUGCUGGAGGCCUGCCUUUAGGAUCUAGUGAUAUAUCACCUGUAACGGACUUGGAUGUUGAAGUGCUGUUCGAAUGUGAGAUGGAGCCACAUGAAGGAAGUUCACACCAUGACAUUAUCUCUUUAGAGUCAAUGGGUCAGCCAGUAGCAUGGAAGGCAGGCUCACAUCUAGCCAUUGUGUUGAAGACCAAUAUGGAACACCUCAGUAUGGUCGGCUUUCAUUUUGUAGGCGGGGAAUUUAUAAUAGACCAUAAAUUACCUGUUGUUAGGAUACAGACAGUUCAAUUAUCAGGUGAACCGAACAAAGCUACAGAUCCAUCAAUGAGAGGAUUACGAACUGAUAUACAGCAUGGGUUAAAGCAAACACCGGAAUUGUUCCAAUGGCCAGUUCAUGCUGCAUUACUGAAGAAAUUAUCCAAAGUUGUCGAUAUCAAAUCUGAUGUCAGAAGUACAACAGUUGAAAUGAACGGAGGAAGUGAUCAAUUGGAUAUACAACCAAAGAAAACUGUCACUUUAGCUGACGUAAGCACUAUUACAACUAGGUCACUGUCCGCCGAGGAUGUAUCUGAUAAAUCAGAAGAAGGAUCUGAAGCAAAAACUACAGAAAAAUCACCAGAAAAGAAAAUUAAAGAGGAUGAUAAAGAUAGAGAGGUACUAGUCGAAAAUGUGACAGUAGAAAUCCAACACAAUAUAACACCGAAAAAAUCUAGUCUAAAAUUAGAUUUGAAAAAAGGCACAAGUCAAUUAUCAACAUCAUUACUUAAUAUAUCCAGUCAAAUUAAAUCUAUAACUACUCAUAAACGAAUCGUGAGUACUAGUGGUCCAAGGAAAUCUCAAUUACAAGCGGAAACAAUACCCGUUAAGGAAGAAGUAACUAAAAGUCCAUCGCAAAACAUACAAAAGUCUUUGAAAGGUUCCCGUCCAUUAAUAAACACUAAGUCCCCGAAUGUUUUGAUAUACUCAGAUAGUGUAGCUGCUAGAGAUAAUUUGGAAGCUUCGCUUAGAAAAGUAUUGGACUGUGACAGGUAUACAAUAUACAGCGUAUCUCGUGAGGGUUUGGAGUGUGGGGCGUGGCGCGGCCGAGCUGCGCUGGUGGCUGUGGCGGGGUGUGCGGGGAGAGCUGCGCCACUGCUGCUGGCACACCUGCUGGACGGCGGCAGACUGCUGGCACUCUGCUCAGACCUGCUGCAUACUGUGCUGCCAUAUUACAAGACUGCUGAGGUCAGGGAAAGUGAAAUAGUCCAAUUCAGUUAUGACAAAUGGAAGUCUGUCAAAAUGAAGCAUCACAUCUUCUGUUACCAGGCUUCGCCUGCCAAGAAACAGUUCUCUACUGAAAGUGACAGGCAAGCAAGUCAAGAAGGCAAUUUCAGCCGACCGUCCAAAUAUGCUGGUCAUCCGGGACACGAGCUGGACAUCCAGAUUCUGGCGUCAGAGGAGACUUGGCGCACUCCCUCACUGCUGCAGGCCACAGAUCUCGUCAACAAUGGAGUCGCGAUCUUCUCACAGAUACAUCUCGAAGCGGACCCAAACGAUUAUUUAGGCGAUGAAGGUUUUAAAAGCAAUGAGGCUCGUUUAGGCAUCAUACAUAAGAUCUUGGGGGACAUUUUAGGUCUUCACGUCAGGGAUCCUAAGGAAAUACGUCACGUUGAUUACACUAUGGGGUACUUUUUAGGCAAUCAUGUGGACAAGAUAUCGUUAGUGAAUAAAUGGUGUUCCCCUGAUGAUGAAGGCAGACGUAUACAGAAAUUAGACAAAUUAACAAUACAAUGGUGUAUGAGAGGAGAAAAGCCCCUAGAAUCUCCGUCUGCAGAAUUCCUGCCCGUGUGUCUCUACGAAUGUCCUGAAAACUUUUCAACUGUCGAAUAUUUUGAUAAUUUAACUUCAACUUCUCUCGGUCGGUUAGUGAUAUAUACUGAAGUGAUAGAUUCUACUACACUAGUAGUAGAUGGGGGGUCAUUGUCGCACGGUGUGUCAUGUGUCGCACGACGCCAGCUGGCGGGCAGCGGCCGCGCUGGCAAUGCCUGGCUGACACCCCCCGGACAGGCCGCACUCUCCAUACAGGUAUGGCGUAAGAUGUCUCCACGUCUGUCACUAGUGCAGCACGCGGCAGCGCUGGCUGCAGUACGCGCUGUACGUACAGACCCCCUGUACGAACACUUGGAUAUCAGACUGAAAUGGCCUAAUGACAUAUACUAUGGUCGUGACGUCAAAAUAGGUGGCAUUAUUACUAAAGCGAGCUGUUUAGCUGAUGACGUCAUCGUACAUAUAGGAGCAGGUGUUAAUAUAUCAAAUAGUGUACCAACAACGUGCGUUAAUGAUAUAAUAUAUGAAUACAACCGCAUUCACGGCACUGCCUUAGCCCCUGUUUCCACUGAGAAGUUCCUCGCACGCUGGUGCUCACACCUGGAGGUGAUAUUACAGGACAUCGACACUGAUGAGGGUCUGGAGACGUUCUUCCAGCAGUACUAUCAGUAUUGGCUGCAUGAUGGUGAAGAGAUAAUGGUCCGGAGGGAGGACAGCGACAGUCCGGUGUGGGGUGUAGUGUCCGGUGUGGACGAGGCGGGCUGGCUGCGCGUGCGCACUGCCGGACAGGAGAUACGAGUGGCACCUGAUGGUAACACAUUUGACAUCAUGACAGGACUCAUUGCACCUAAAAUGUAAUGUCAAGUAGAAAAGAGACUAACGGGAAGAAUCAAAUUAGA